CCAGCCUCUGAACGCAGGCGUCAAUUUGAGAAUCCCCUCAUCCCUCCACGACACAAGGACGGCGAUCCAAAGUAGUCACAAUGGCAGACGAAAUCACUUCUCGCACACAACCCCUCUUUUCAUCGAAAGACUGCAAAGUCAUCUUCGUCCUCGGUGGUCCCGGCUCAGGCAAGGGAACUCAAUGCGCUAGGCUCGUAGACGAGUACGGAUUCGUCCACCUCUCCGCUGGUGACCUCCUUCGCGCUGAGCAGAACCGCAAGGGAUCCCAGUUUGGAGAGCUCAUCGACCGCUAUAUCAGGGAAGGCCAAAUCGUCCCGCAGGAGAUCACCAUCAAGUUGUUGGAGAACGCAAUCAAGGACAAGCUCGGCAACGAGGCAAAGGGCAGAGUCUUGAUCGAUGGCUUUCCGAGGAAGAUGGACCAGGCCCUCCUCUUCGACCAGUCAGUCUGUCCUUCGCAAUUCGUCCUCUUCCUCGACUGCACCGAAGAGAUCAUGCUGCAGCGCCUCAUGAAGCGUGGUGAGACCUCCGGUCGAGCAGAUGACAAUGCCGAGUCGAUCAAGAAGCGAUUCCGCACCUUCUUGGAGACAUCGAUGCCCGUUGUUGAGCAUUACGAGAAGCAAGGCAAGGUCGUCAAGGUCGAUUCGAAGAGUGAGGUGGAACAGGUGGAGAAGGAGAUCAAGGAGGCGUUGAUGGGAAGAGGAAUUGAGGGCAUUGGCAAGUAGGUGGGCAGCCAGUGCGAUACAAAUGCUUCGUGUCUAGCUAAUGGAGCGGUAUGCGUCAAGUGGAUGACAGUGUACGAUUCGAAAGUGGACUUGAUACAAUACAAAAGACUCCCAACACCGCCUUUCCGCGACUACGGCCUCCGUCUGCGAGACUCCUCAUUCAUACAAGGCCGGCCGUCUGAUGAAGUAGACUUCCUCCCGCUCCCCCUGCGCCGCCAAUAGCCGUCCCGACCCCUGGCAGCAGCGCUGACCUGCUAUCCUUGGUAUCGACGUCCAUGCUCAUGCCAACAUCCCCGCUGUGGCCCUCAUCGUCCGCAU